AUGAUUCUAGCUUAUGCCGUGAAUGGUGAAGGCGGGCUGGAUUUGGAGUUAUUUGUGGGGAUGCAAAGCGAAGGCUUCAUGCCGAAUCGAGUUACUUUCCUUGCGACCGUAAAAGCUUGUGCGGCUUGUACAGCGGAUACAACGGACAGUCUAAAGGAAAUCGGUGGAAAGAUGGUGAAACUUACGUGCUUGGAGCUUCACUCGGAGGCAAUGAAGUGCGGUUGGAUGUUGGAUCACUUCCUGGCGAACAGUUUGAUCUUCGUCUACGGAAGCUUGACGGAUUCUCAGCGAGUGUUUGACAAGAUGCUGACGCGAGACGUAGCUUCGUGGAGUGCACUGAUUCAAAGCCUGGUGGACGCCUACGCAAAGUGUGGGAACAUCGAGUAUGGUCGUCAAGCUUUCGACAGGAUCAAGGGUCGCAACUUGGUGCUGUGGACCAUUAUGAUUCUCGGCUAUGCCGAGAACGGGGACGGAGAAUCAGCUCUCGAGCUCUUCGGCCGCAUGCAAACAAGGGACAGGAUUCUACCAGACGCUCAAAGCUACGUUGCGGUUCUCAAGGCCUGUGCUAGUGCUCCAAUAAGAAACGAGGCUCGCAAGCCGGAGCUCUUGGUUAAAGGAAGAGACAUGAGUGUGAACAGCGGGCUUGAGAGAACAGCGACAAAGGUGACGCAGUCUGAGCGCAGCGGCCUUCGGCCAGUCGCGAGUAGAGUUCCAGAGCAAUGCUGCUCUCGCCGUUUUCCUCAUAGCCCGUGA